AUGGGGCGGAUCGGGGAACCCAUUCCCCAACGAAGGUGGGGAUGGGGAAUCCCCGAUAUGAAUAUGGCGGGUAUGAAGGCGGGGAUGGGAGAAAAAUGCUUAACGGAGAUGGAGAUGGGAAUGUCAUACCCACCCCUGAUUCGUUCCAUUGCCAUCCCUAACCACAAAACAAUCACGGUUACAUUUUAA